GCAGAGCAGGGUGGGGAUUCUUCCCGGCGCAAAACCCGCGCCUGCUGCGCGCCCCUUGCGCGGGGGGAUGCGGCGCCUCGCGUUUUUUUGGGGGGGUUUGGCCGCUUUUUCUCCUUUUCCGCGCUUUGCACCCUACGCCUUUAAGAGCCUUUUUCUCGCUCGCUCCCCCACGAAAAGCAAAUGGUGCUGGGCAAGGCAUGUAAGCGCACGAUCGGCGCUAAUUACCCCGCGGAGCUAAUUGGGCUCGGGGAAGCCCUGGCGCAGGGAGGCUCCGCGGCUUGAGCCGGGGGGCUCCGCGCCCGCGCUGCCCACGGCUCCGAAACGCCCCCCCUUCAAAAGAAAAAAAUAAAAAAAGAUUGGGGAGCCCUUAAAAAAAACGCCCCCAAUCAUCCCCGUGCUGUUAAUUAAUUUUGAAAUGAAUCCUUGCUCCCCUCCCCCGGGAGCGGGAUGCGCGGUCCCCCCUGUCCGGCGGUGCAGAGGUGAGGGUGUUGAAGGCAGCAGCCUCUCCAACUAUUUCAGGUCCCUGGCCAUUGGUCACCAGUACUCCUCCCUGGGGACUCAGCCCAUCCUGUGCGGGAGCAUCCCGGGCCUGGUGCCCAAGCAGCUGCGCUUCUGUCGGAACUACGUGGAGAUCAUGCCCAGCGUGGCAGAAGGUGUAAAGAUUGGCAUCCAGGAAUGCCAGCACCAGUUUCGAGGGAGAAGGUGGAACUGCACCACUGUCAACGACAGCUUAGCCAUCUUUGGGCCCGUGCUGGAUAAAGCCACCAGGGAGUCGGCCUUCGUCCACGCCAUCGCCUCGGCCGGCGUGGCUUUCGCCGUGACCAGGUCCUGCGCCGAGGGCUCGGCCACCAUCUGCGGGUGUGACACGCGCCACAAGGGCUCUCCUGGCGAGGGCUGGAAGUGGGGAGGCUGCAGCGAGGACGUGGAGUUCGGGAGCAUGGUGUCCCGGGAGUUCGCGGACGCGCGGGAGAACAGGCCCGACGCGCGCUCGGCCAUGAACAGGCACAACAACGAAGCUGGAAGGACAUCUAUCAUUGAGCUCAUGCACCUCAAGUGCAAGUGCCAUGGGCUCUCGGGCAGCUGUGAAGUGAAGACCUGCUGGUGGUCCCAGCCAGACUUCAGGGUCAUCGGCGACUACCUCAAGGACAAGUACGACAGCGCGUCCGAAAUGGUGGUGGAAAAACACCGGGAAUCCCGUGGCUGGGUGGAGACCCUCCGGCCCAAAUACAACUUCUUCAAGGCCCCCACUGAGAAGGACCUGGUUUACUACGAGAACUCACCAAACUUUUGCGAGCCCAACCCUGAGACAGGCUCCUUUGGGACCCGCGACAGGAUCUGCAACGUCACUUCCCAUGGGAUUGACGGUUGUGAUCUUUUGUGCUGCGGCCGCGGGCACAACACGAGGACUGAGAAAAGGAAAGAGAAGUGUCACUGUAUCUUCCACUGGUGCUGCUACGUCCGCUGCCAGGAGUGCAUACGAGUCUACGACGUCCACACGUGCAAAUAAAUCAGGCACAAAACCCUUGGCCGGGCUCCGAGUGGAGAAAUGGAUUUUGAGCCUACUUCCUCUGAGGUUGCAGACGUGAGAGAAGUCUACUUUUUUUGAUAUUAAAUGAAUAAAAACUGGACAAAAAAAUAAAAAAUAAAAAGGCUAAAACUGGUUGGAUAGAAUAGGUCUAAUGACUUCUGGGCUAUCCCGAGGUACAUCUGGCAGUCACACAAGUUCUGCCCCGACGCCGAUGCCUCCGGAGGGAGAGCAGCUUUUUCCACCAGCCCACAACACCGAGCUGGAAAGAAGAGCAUUAGCAAAAGCAUGGAUUUGCUCUGCUCCCACCCACCUGAAGUGACUCGUGUGAUUAAGUGUCCUUUGAAAGACUUGCAUCUUCCUAAGCAUCUCCUUUUCCCUCAGCCAGGCAGAGGCUGUGCUGAACAGCAGCACUGAGCUUUCUGAGAGAUCUCUCUGCAAACCUGAAUGGCCAGACUGUGUAAUAUGAGCAACAGCAGCAAAAGAAAAAUAAAGCAGAUAAAAUAAGGAUUUUUUAAAAUAAAGAACAUGACUCCUUCUUUGCUUUUCCCUUGGAACCAGAGAAGUCUACAAAUAUUUAACAGAGCUGGAGAGUAGGCAAGCUCUUGAUGUGAACUUUUUAGCGUAGUAGCUUCUGCCAGAUUGGACAUAGGAUCCUGUGACAUCUGUAGGAAGGGAAGGAGGGAGAAGAGGAGGGAGAGAAAGAGACAAAACCGCUGAUGACUUCCUGUAAACGCCCUGUUGGCACACAGGUGAUGUGCACAGUACGGAAAAGUUCAGCGUCUUGUGUGUGAAGUGAAGAGGACUCUGUGUGCAUUGAGAAGGACACAGUCCCACAACUGGGAAUGCUGCUCCAGCUCUCCAGCCUGGGACGUGGCUCAGCCAGUGAGUCUGCCUUGGAAACAUGCAGUGCAGUGAGUCUCUUGGGGUUGGACACUCACUCCUGAGCACAGGGCACCCAUCUCCUCAGCGCCCCAGGGAAAGGAUGGGAAGGGAAAGUGUUCACCCUUCCCACCAGGUUGAGGAGGUCUGUCGCCAGCAGUGGAAAGUGCACUUAGUUCUUCCACUCUCUGCACCUGAUGCAGGCUUCCCGGGCACUUGGCAGCAGCCUGAGCCCACAGGUCUGUCAGGAACAUGGAUCUGAAGGACUCAUUGUCACCCAUUAGUUGACAUGAGGGUGAACCAACCCACCAUCACCACCACACCCCCCAAGCUGGAGCAGUCUCAGACUCAAGCCAAACCUUGCUCCACAGCUAAUUCCUACAGCCAUUCCCACCUACCAAAGUGGCACAGAUUAAAAUGGACAAAACCCAGAGUCUGAACCAGCCCAGAGUUUGGGUGAGUUUGGACACAGAGCCAAAUCCCAGCUUUGCAGUGCGGGCCCAUCUCUGCUGCUCACCUCUGACUCCCCAUCUUCGCAUGGUGCUCUGCUUCCAAUUCCAGAUCAGGAUCACGGUUUACAGAAACAGGUCUCACCUCCUCCAUGGGCAUCAGGACUUCCUGCAGGGUAUCAGGCAUGAGAUCAGCCCACCACCUUGGUGUUUACAGCACUGUAACCCUGCUUGGGUUAUUCCUGGUCAAUAAUGGGAUAAAUGAGGGGUGAACCAAGCAUGGAGUCGCAGCCUGUUUUAGCCCCAGAUCCACUUGCCCUGUGUCCUCUUUGCCUUACCUCUGCUUUUGGGUUUCUAUCCUGCAAAAAGGACUAUGGAUUGGUGUUUAUUCUGUCUUUUCAGCACAGGAAGGGAAACAGGGCAUGAGAUAAUUCCCAUUUCAUGGCAAUGUAAUCAUGGCCGUUGCCUGGUUCACUCCUGGAAAUCUUUGUGGAGAAAUCAGAGUGCUCCUCUCUGUGUGUCAGCCUUUUCCCAGGAACCAAAGGAGGGAGUACGGAGAAGAAGAAGGGAACAAACAGAGCUUAAUCCCAUCACAGAGAAAACAGGAGGAAAUGAUGCCUCCAAGGGCUGGCUCUGAGUCACGGCGUCUCCUGGGACUACUCCUAGGCUGGUGCAGUUUAUGCAUCACCCAUUUCUCUCAGGGCUAUGCCCACGGGCACAAGCAAGAUUUGCUUAUUGAUGGAGGCACUUCUAUCAGUGUGUUGCAAAAAAAAAAAUAGCUGCAGUGAAAUGAGAGCAGAAGAGAGAGAAGAAGAGAGGAGAUCAAGAGAAGCAAAAUAAAAUAUGGGGAGAAAAUCAAUCUGUGACACUUGUCCGUGUAAACACUGCACCCCAUCGAUGGCCACACAGCACGUGGAGGAGGCAACAGGUCACUGAAAACUUAAAUAAAGAUCAAUUAAUGGAUGCAUGACUGAUUUUCAUAGUACAGUCUUGGAGAAAAGGAAAUCAUGGGAAACAGAGAAGGAAGCCACUGCAGAGGAAGAUUGCACCUACAACCAACAUUCAAACACAAUCUGUCAAGAAAGCAAAUGCUCCUGAAAGCCACAUAAGGGGUGGAGGACAUUGAUAAAUUGGAGAGGAUGGGAUAAGGGAAGAUACAUCUGAUUUACUUAAUAUGAUGCAGUGCAAGCAGCCACAGUGAGAGAUGUCAGACACGUCCUACCAGGAACUUCUGUCAAUAAAUGGUGACACAACAGUGAAAAUUCAAAUCACUGCAGGACACAGUCCCUUCAGUCCAUUGACUUCAGCGGGGUCACACCCACAACUGGUUUUACCCUGAGAUUUUUAAGCCAAGUGGUUUCAAACUCCUUCUUUUAUACCACACCAGUGAAGAAAUGGGGUGGAGGAUUUGGCUUCCAUGAGUGGGAGCUGGAAUCUGGCCCCAGCCCAUCCACAGCAUGUUCACAUCCACCAUUUCUGCUUUUGCACCAGAACAGGCCCAGCAUCACCAGCAGGUGAAGUUUUUUGGGAAGCAAGGGGAAAAAAAAAAUUGAAACUGGGCAUUUGCUGAGCAAUUGCCUCUAGAGGUGAACAAAUUUUGACUGCAACUGUGGGAUUUAUUUCAUCCGGUCUAAGCUAUUUAUCUAGUUUUCUGCUGGGAUCAAUGGCAAGAAACAAACCCAGAAGGUGAUUCAUUGUGCUUAGGAUGGUACCUAAGUUAUGUUUGGUUAAGUGCCCUCUGGGUGUAUCUCUGACUUCAGCUGCUGAGCUCAGAGCAGACGAUGAGCUCUUCCAUGGGUCCAGACUGAUGAUGUGAAAUCCACCAUGAGUCAAGGAGGUGAAGCUACAACCUGAUCAUCAUCUGAGAUGGGCUGGAAGCUGUGCUCCUUCCCUCCAAGCUGGGGUCAGGCUUGAACCAGCUCAGUGGUUGGGGACUCCUCCCCACCCCCAUUCGAGGGGAUUUUAAUGGAGCCUGUGGGUGCUUGUUUGGGUUUGUUGUGUAAUUAAUCACCUCUGUGAUGACACAAUGUAAGGGGUUGAGCAGCUGCUACUAAAGUCAAUGAAAACUGCCUGCGUGAAUUCUGUUCAUCAUCCCAAGCACACUCGGGGGGUCUCAGUCCUGGCUCUGACUCUGCCCAUCCCUGAGGGGGGAAAAAGAGCCUCUCAGGGGCCUGUGUCUGACCCCACGGUUUUGGAGAGGGGGCUUGGGCCGUUGCUCACUGCUACACAUGAAAUUGGGAGGUGUCUUUGGAAAACUGAGAUCCCUCUGCGCUGCCUACAGCAGGUGUCUCGAGUCAGGGCUUCCACUGCACUGGUGAGAAAAAUUUAGUCAGUGAUGAGUGAGGUGCCAUCCUUCCCUACAGGAGAUGGUGUGAACACCACCCAGAGCUGCCUUCUCCCUCAGGUUCUCCUGUGAAAACUGUAGGACAUUACUUAUGGAGGGUCUUGGCAUUUCACUCAUUAAUAUAAACAUCUGGUGACAUACUACAGGUGCCCUACAAUGCUCUGCUGGGGCCCAGAUGUUGUUUCAAUGGCCUAAGACCCACACAGAUCAUAAACCUGGGCAGUCAGAGACUGCUGGGUGUCCAAAAUGGCCUGAGAUAUCUUUGUGUAGGCAGUUGAAUUGGGCACUUCUCUGGACAUGGUUUUCUGUCAAACCUUCUCCGCCGCCUCGGUGUAAUGCUCCGGUUUAUAAUCAAAAGGAAAACAUCAUUCAUUUCCCACAAAUGGGAGCUGGUCAUCUUCACCUCCGUGCUCCCUGGUGUCCUCCCCUUCAAUGUCCACUGGUGAGGUUUGUCCUCAGGCAGAAGGUUUGCACCAGGGGUGAGUCUGGCAGGACCAGGGGAAAAGGGACAAGAUGUCACCCAACAGAGUAAGAGAUGUAAAAAAUAAAAGUGAAAAAGGACCAUAAUUCCAUCCUCUCACGUGCUGCUAUCCAGCCUCUCCUUUAGCUGAACAGAUGGGUCAGAUGGGCCCCAUCAGUUCCACAUCCAGCUUAUUAAAGACAGUGGCGUUGCCUGCGAGGGGUGAAUUUGGCUUCAUCUCUUUUCUUUCUAUGAAAGAAAUGGAAAGUUUAGGAGUUUGGUUGUUUUGUUUUCUUUUUUUUUUUUUUCCCUUGGUUUGGUUUAAUUUUAGAAUUUGGGGACUUCUCUUUCUCAGAGAAAACAAAAAUAUGGGGAGGGAAGAACAUUUUUGUUGCUUGACCCCGGUUAUCUCUCUCAGCUGAGUGUCGUGCCCAGCACUGACAGUCUUCUCCAAAGCAUUUUGGAAUCUCCAAAAAUGCUUCCACUCCUUAUGGGAAGCUUCGUGUGCAGAACUAAAGCAGUUGGGAUUUAAUUUUUGGAGGGGAUUGCAGAGACAACCACACCACAAAAUGCAACAUGGCACAGAAAUCCUUGGGUCAGCACCAACCAUGUCAGCCCUGCAGUGCUGUCAUCUAAGCUGAGCGUUGCAGAUUUUCUGUAUUAACAAACCUCAGAAAACAAUUUCUUCUGCCUCUCAAUCUCAAGUAGUUUUGGUGCUUUCAUUGCAUUCAGAGGUAUUGCCACAGAAAUGUCCAUGGAUUAUGUUAAAUUUGUCAUGUGUGUUCAUAUCCUUUU